UGUUUGCGGAAGUCCAUGCACGAGUUUCAUUGGAUGGUGGCAUGACAGUGGAGGGGGCCUUUUUCGUUAAUCUAAUUUAAUUCCUUUAGUUAACAGAAACAGCAGGUGAUAUGAGUUGUUAUGUGUGUGGUGUGGACAGUUUGACUUGUGGAUGUGCGUUAUUGUGUGUCACUUAACCUGUGACUGUCUCCUCUCUGGUCUAACAAGCUCAUGACAUUGUCUGAAAAGGGAGAACACAACGUUUGUGAGCAUGGCCAGACCUCUGCAGGUCCUCUCCCUCCUCUACAGGCUCGGCGCUCGGUCAGUGAUGCCCUCAGUUUCUAUUACCAGCUGUCGAUUUGCGAGUAAAGAAUUUAACAAGGCACACAGUCAUGUGCGCAGAGACAAGGUUUCCAACAGAUCCCAGAGAGACAGUGAAGAGAUGUCUGAUGAGGAACUGGAAGAUGUGGAGGACAAACUCCAGGACUUGUUUCAUGAGCAGAAAAAAAAGCAGAAGACUGUGAAAUAUCACAUACUGAGAAGGCAGAUGACUCCACCAGGAGCUCCACAGAGGAAGCUCACCUGGGAUGCUAUUGAGCAGAUCAAAUAUCUGAAGCAGGAGCAUCCAGAUGAGUGGACAGUUGAGCGUCUGGCUGAGGGUUACUCUGUCACCACUGAUGUCAUCCGGAGAGUCCUCAGGAGCAAGUUUGUCCCCACUCCUGAAAAAAAGGUCAAACAGGACACCAGAGCAAUGGCUGGACUCGGUCAGCAGGUGCUGCCAUCAGGAGCCGCUGCAGGGCCGGACAGGCUGAAACUGCCUGGAAACCGCACAACAGCACUACUCCCACCAGUGAGUGUGGAAGCUGCCGUCGUGCCUGUUGCCGAAAAUACUUUAAUGCUUCGUGGGGGAGGUUCAGGAUUCUUGACUAAGAGCCCUGCCCCUGUAUCUCUUCUGCCCACCCAUGUCAGAGCUGAUGUUAGUAAAGAUGUCCCUGUGACGACGUCAAUAGAAGAGGACAGCUUUUACAACUCAAAUCCUACAGAGGAAGAUGAAGAAGACAAGGAGAGCUGGGAUGGACGGCUGUUCACAGAAGAAGAACUUCAAGAGUUCAUGGAAACGGUAAAGUCUUGCCCUGUGGUGCAAGAUGGCAAUGACUUUUUUGAUGCAGAGGGAAACUUUCUGUAUCGAAUCUGAGGACUUCCUGCAUUGGACAGAUGCUGAGCAUGUGUGAUGGUCAGGUUGUCAUCUUAGGAUACAGUAAGAGUUUACUAAGUGACUUUGUAAACAACAUAUUUCGAAAUUGCUAUUUAAUAAAAAUCAGGUGACAAAAAUAGAGGAACAUAUGAAUUUAUUGGCAAAACCAAAGAAAAAAACCUCAAAUAUACAGUAGAGGGACACAUAGCAGAUAGAAAGAUGUAACCUUGUAUAUUUACAGAACCAUCACAAUGAGUUAAUAAUUUAUACACCAGUUUAAAUUGUAAGAAAAAUGCGUUACCUUUUUAUUAAUGCAAUAAACCCAUGAAAAAAAGUG